AUGGCCUCUUGCUUGAAGAGAGUUUCGGUGGCGGCUAUGGGAGGUUGGUUUGAAGGAAAGUGGCAAUGGGACGAUUUUGGCUUAUUUGCGGGGGUUCCCGGUCUCACGGCCGAUCUUGCUUCUCUUCGGGGUCGGUUAGAGGGAUUUUGUGGUAUGUCGGAAGGCAAAGACUUGUUAGAAUGGACCGUUAAUUCGGAAGCGGGUUUUUCGGUUGCCUCGUGUUUUGCAUUUUAUGGAAGCUCUCAAUUUCCUUUUGGUCCUCCUAACAAGUUUGACGGAGCUAUUGGGCUUGUGUGGAAAUCAGAAGUACCUUUCAAAAUAAAGGCUUUUGCUUGGAGACUUCUUCUUAAUAGACUUCCAACAAAGGACAUUUUGGUGUGUAGAGGUAUUUCUUUCCCUUUAGAUAAUUUAAAGUAUAUUUUUUGUGGAAUUGAUUUGGAGAAUCGGGAUCAUUCUUUUUUUUAUUUCUUUGUGGUAAAGAAGAUAUGGAGUGAGAUAGCUUUUUGGGUUGGUAAAUUGGAUAUGGAGGAAGAGUGUUGUCGAAAUCUUAUGGAUUGA